GCCACUAAGAAAAAUAGGAACAAACACACAUUUAAAGAAGAAGAAGCCAAUCCAAAAAAAAGAAGAGAAUUCCGACAAAAAAUUUCAAUGGCCGUUAACGGUGACGACAAAGUUUCAGAAACAGCUUCAGAUCGGCCCGUUAGAGUCUACGCUGAUGGCAUCUUCGAUUUGUUCCACUUCGGUCAUGCUCGCGCCAUCGAACAAGCAAAAAAAUCGUUUCCGAACACAUAUCUGCUGGUAGGAUGUUGUAACGACAAGAUUACCAACAAGUUCAAAGGCAAGACCGUCAUGACGGAGUCCGAGCGUUAUGAAUCUCUCCGACAUUGCAAGUGGGUCGAUGAAGUGAUUCCAGAUGCACCAUGGGUUCUCACCAUAGAGUUUCUCGAUAAGCAUAAGAUCGACUACGUAGCUCACGAUGCUCUUCCCUAUGCGGAUGCUAGUGGAGCUGGAAACGAUGUUUAUGAGUUUGUGAAGUCGAUCGGGAAGUUUAAAGAAACGAAACGAACAGAGGGGAUAUCGACAUCAGACAUAAUCAUGAGAAUAGUUAAAGAUUACAACCAGUAUGUGUUGCGUAAUUUGGACCGAGGAUAUUCAAGAGAAGAACUCGGUGUCAGCUUCGUUAAGGAGAAGAGGCUUAGAGUGAACGUUAAACUGAAGAAACUACAGGAGAAAGUGAAAGAACAGCAAGAGAAGAUACAAACCGUAGCAAAAACUGCUGGGACUCACCAUGACGAAUGGGUUGAAAACGCUGAUCGCUGGGUUGUUGGAUUUCUCGAAAUGUUUGAGGAAGGUUGUCAUAAAAUGGGAACAGCUAUCAGAGAUGGGAUCCAGCAAAAGCUAUUGAGGCAAGAGUCAGAAGAGAACCGGCGCUUGAACGGCCUGUCAAAUGCCAAGGAGGAACAGAUUUUUGAUGACGCUGGGUUUGCAAAAGGAGAUUAAAACUAUCAUAAUGAUCAUGAAGGUUCCUUAAAUGAGAGCAACAAAAAGAAUAAGAUAGUAAAGAAAUGAGAGUUCUUGGCUAAUGAUUCAAGAGUUUCCACAGCUAUGGCAUUAGUAUUGCUUGUUUUAUUAUGUUCAACUUGUUGUUACUUUCUAAGACUCACAUGCAGCAGAAGUUAAAGCUGUC